CCGACGUGCUGGGACUUCGAAAGAGGAAGGCGCGCCCACAUCGCGGGUUGUGGCCUGGCUGGGGAAAAGCGGGGGCGCGUGCGCGGGGAUGGACUGAGGAGUCGCGCGGCGCAGGAGGGCAGCACGCGACUCCCUCGCGGGCUCUUCUUCCGUGCGCGAGCCAAUGUGUCCGCGGCCGGGAUGGCCCGCCAAAGCCUUGGAUUCAUGGUCCUCUUUCUUUGGUUUCAGAGAGUUGCAAAUGUAGCACAAGUUAUUGGCAUAAUUGGAGGUACUGCUGAAAUGGAAUGCUUUUAUUCUGGAAAAGAACAAUUCGUCCCAAAUAAAUUUAGAAUAAUAUGGCAAAAACAGGAAAAAACAGAUUGCCCCAUAGAUAUCUACGAAUAUUCUCAUGGUGAAGAUAUGAAAUCCGACCAAUGCAACGAAUUCCAAAACAGGACUCUAUUCAGUGAACACCUGAAAAAGGGCAACUUUUCCCUGAGAGUGCUGGACAUCAAUCCUGAUGAUGACAACACAUAUAAAUGUGUAGUACUAAGAAACGAAACAGGAGGAUAUCAUUUAUUCAGUGAAAUCAUUGUAACCCUCAAAGUGGCAGCACACUACAGUAAGCCAGUUAUAAACGUUACUGGGCAACCUGGUGAAGAAAUGAUAUUUGUUUGCAAUUCUAGCCAUGGAUAUCCUCAGGCAAAUCUUACGUGGAUAAACCAAACUGACAACAGCCUUUUGAAUGCAACUAAAUUGAAUGCUACUAGAAACUCUAAUGGGACUUUCAGUAUCUCCAGCACUUUAAGGAUUAACGCAACCUCUGAUACAAAGCUAGGAUGUAGAAUUGAAAAUCCACUGCUUCAUCAGAAUAUAACUACCACCUUUACAGUUGGCAAAGACAGCCCUCCAAACAGUUCUAAAAUCGAUAGCAGCCCUGCUCCAGUGGCCAGUGGUGUUGUAAUAGUGAUCGCUAUUUCUGCAAUAGCGAUUGCUAUUAUUAUAUACAUCUGCAGGAAUAAAAGGAGGCGUUCUCAUCAAAGAGCAUAUACUGGUGUGUGUAAAAAUGAAGCAGAGCAUUGCAAUGGUGCCGUUGAACUAGAAAACAUCCAGAGGUUCUGAACUGCUGGAGAGAAAGCUAAAUGACAUGACAACAUUACUGUGAAGCAUUCCUUCAAAUACGAGCCUGUGCUCAGCAUGUACCUUCGGUCUUUUGUACUACCAGGUAGACCAUCUACUCACAAUUCUACUGGUGGCAGGCACAGUUCUACUCAGUGCAUAACUUUACAGACGAGACUGUAAAGUUAGCCUUCUGAAAAGGAUCUACUUUUUGGUCACCCUCACCCUGCUGCUUCAGAAAACCUAGCACACAUGUCUGAGUUACUUGAAAUUGUGUCACUUGGUACAAAACUUAAGUACAGCUGCAUGGAAGUUAAUCAUCAUGGUGAACUGAUGCUAGCUGAAUUAUCUGAUGUUUCAAGGUACAGAGAGUAUAUGAGAAAACACCUACUCCUGGAAAGCCAGUGUGCAGGAAAGCAUUCAGGCCUUAUUUGUGAAUUUCCGAAUGGUGCCUUGUUGGCUGCUGUGGGAACUGCAUUAAUCCCUGAUUAUAUACUGAAUUUUGAUUCCAAGUUCACCCUUGAAUAUCAAAAUCCAUGGAUGCUGAAGUUUCAUGAUAUACAAUGGUGCUGUAUCCCAUUUCCAUAUAUAGUUGUGAAAGCUGGGCAGUGAAAAAAGCUAUUAGGAAGAAAUUCAACUCAUUUGAGAGGUGAUCUGUUAAUACCUAAAAAGCUAAAUGGGUUCUUGAGCAAAUGAAGCCUGGAUUCCCCUUAGAAGUCAAGAUGACUAAACUGAGGCGAUUGUACUUUGGCCAUGGCAUGAGAAGAGAAAGUAGUAAGGUAAACGACAAAAGGACAAAAGAAAUUCCAAAUGGAGAGAUGUAACCAAGGAAGCCAUGGCUCUGUCUACAAUCUGAUAGAGUGAUGUGAAGAUAUCUUAUUCAUGGUGUUGCUGACUUGAUGGUAGCUAACAACAAAGUAAAAUGGCAUCCCUUAUAUAAAAUGGUGAACAACUCAAGCAUCUAACAGAGGGAGUCCUGUAAAAUGGUACGAGGCUACAACAGGGUAUGCCGGAACAUCAGCAUAGUGCUAGUGCACAGCAAAAUCAAGGUUUGUUUGGGGGAUUUUUUUUAAUAUACUCAAGCCAUGGUUGGUUGAAGCUAUGUAUUGAUAUAGAGAGCUGACAAUACAAUGCUGUAUGCGGUUAAUCAUUUGAUCUGAUCCAACAAUGUGAUUCUUAAAUUCUAAUGCAUGGUGGCCAAAGAAAGAGACAACAUUCAAGCCCAAUAUUCCAAUGUUAGUGUAGAACAUGAGGGAUUCCUAGAAGAAAGUUCCCCAGCAUGAGGUCCAGAGUUAGGUUAAAUGUUUAUUGAGAGAAGACUAUACACACACGUACAUGGUUAAAUUAAAAGUAAGGUGGUCCAUCCUCAAACAAGUCCAGUGGCCAUACACAGCUAAUCAUCAGUUGAAAAGACAGUGCCAUGUGCUAGGCAUUGCUAGAAUUUAUUAUAUGUUUUAAGCAAUGGAUCCUAUUACUUCAGUGGCCUCAUCACAAUCUGAAAUUGAACAUGUGUCACUUUAACCGUGUCACCUUCACUUACUAAUUAAUAUGUGUGUGCUGUGCCUGCCAGGAGCAUGAAAUGUAUCAAUCAAGCAGCUCUUGGUUUAUCUUCUCAAAUGUUUCACUCAAUAACAGGGUGCACAGCCAAAUUUUAACUUUGAGAGAAAGAGUGAGUGAUUUCAGAAAAUCUCUUAGAAAGUUGGAACAUGACUGAACACUUUCCUAACACUCUUCAGGAAGAGUAUCCAUUGUGUUGCAUCUAUAGUCUUGGCUGCAACACCCAAACAAGCUGAAAGCUUGCAUUUUGAAAUAAGCAAGGUUUAAAAGAUGGAAACUUGCAGGCAGUAGAUAAAAGCAUUGUCAAAGAUAAUAUCUGUGUUUGUGGCAAUAAUAUAGAUAUUUUCAGGUCCAAAAUAGAACAUAUUUUAGGUCUAGAAUUGAAAAGAUGUGUAGGCAACUGCCAUGUGAACAUUGUACACAUUAGGAUCAAUGCCAGGCUCUAGAUUUGAACAAAUUUUCUUGUGAGUUGUUAACUUAAACUCACAGUAAAUGUUAUUUUAGUCUUUUGAGAUUGUGUCACUGAGCUAGUUAUGAUAACAAGAGAAGAUCAGAAUCUGAAACUGAAUCUGAACUUUACUGCCAAACUGUAUAAGGAUGCAAAUUCAGCCAUGAGAUUUGAGAACUGCGCAUAAUCAGAAAAGUAGAUACAUGUGACAAUUAAGGGGAAAUGAAAAUGUAAACACAGAAAAUAUAUAAAAUUCAUAUAAGGAACUAGUUGGCACAGUCAAGAGAUUAGAGAUAAAAAGAAAGUAAUCAUAAAUAUCCAAAAUACUAAUUCUUCCUAACAUUUGAUCAGUCAGUAGUCUGUCAUGUUUCCAUCUACAUAGCGGAUAAAUCUACAACAAAAGUUCCCAAAGUUGUAUCAAUGGACUUAACGAAUGUACACUGUGAAUGAUGUUGAGUACUGGUGUACUAACUCUGAAUCAAGUGAGGCCAGAUGACUAGGAGGGUGUCUAGAGUUCAGGGAAUUGUAAUAUCUGCAUCAGUUUGUGUUUUAUUGGCUGGAUUACCUAAUCACUCCAGUGUUAACCCUAACCUACUGUAUUGACCACAUCCACUUUUUUUUUACCACAAAUUGGUUCAUUUUGCACUUUCCAAGUAUAACCAUAGCAUUAGAUAUUCUCAAGAUAACUUUUCACCAUCCAAAUAAUUAUACUUUUGUCAUACUAAGCCCAACAUUUUAUUAAGAUGUUUAUUUCUCCUGGUUUCUGUGAGAAUUUAUUCUAUAAAUAAUGAGCAUUGCCUGAAAAGAAACACUUUAAGUUAGAGGUGAAAAAAUGUUGUUUUAGAUUCCAUUCAGGUUUUUUUUCCAACCAUAAGGUUGUUUAAUCUUGUUCUUUCAUUUCAUGUACAUGUCUCUUAAUAUAUGCUCUUUGGUGUGUAUUUUAAUUCAAUGUAUGGGUUUUGCUAACUAUUUCCCCUAAUAUCAAUGUCAUUUUUUUCAUUUACAAAUCUUGCUGCCCACUUAGACAUAGAUUAUGCAUUUCAGUCUUCAUCGUUUCACUGAAAAACUGCACUACAUGAUUGAAAAAAGAUGUGUAAAUUAAAAUAUAAUUGAGUUUUAAUUUGUAGCGUAUUGUAGUUUAGGGAAUGAAAACCGGAUGCAAACUGAAUGGUUUUCUCCUCUAUUGGUUUCUAAGAGCUAAUUGUAAAUGCAACUUUGAUCAAGUCAGAAGUUCUGCAGUAGUUUUGUUAGGGAUUCAGCAGACCAGUGUUGAUAAUGUUGCUACAGUCCUCCAACUGAGUUCUAAAUACUUGGAAAAGCAUUAUCAGGUUUCUUUCCUAAGUAAACAUGGCUGAAUGUUCCACUUAAACAGUGGGAUACUGUAUAAUCUGAAAACUGUGCAUUAAUCAAAUACUUUAUUUACUUAGCACACAUUUAGAAGGCUGUUUGGCUUUGGUAAACUCCUUUAAAAAUGAGGUGAAUGUUUAUUUUGAAAACUUUUUUCUUUUCAUGAUAGUGUCUUCCAAGCUACAUUUGUAUUACCAAACUAGUUCUUACUCUUGUAUGUAAAUAAUUUUGUCAUAUGUUUUUUAAAUCGUAUUUUUCAAUAAAUAGCGCCCUAGUUUUGUA